CAGAUCUCAAUGUUUUUGAUUUGAAGAGAUUUGAAUCUUCUUUUAUAUAAAUAAAAUCAAAUAAGAAUAAUAACCGUCCUUCCCUCACUCAACACAAUAUCCGCUGUGGUUGUGAGAAUGCCCUCGACAGAAACCGAUCUCGAUCUCCGACGUUCAUCUCUGCAGCCAAGCAAUCUUGGCGGUGCUAUCAGUAACGAGUACAGUUUUGCUGACGUUAAUAACCUGGAGCACUGUGCCAAGUACCUCAACCAAACACUCGUCACAUUUGGAUUCCCUGCCUCGCUUGAUCUCUUUGCCAAUGACCCAAUUUCAAUCGCAAGGACAUGCAAUUGUGUAUAUGCUUUGUUGCAGCAGAGACAAAGGGAUAUAUCAUUUAGGGAGUCUGCAAAUGAGCAGCGACAGAGACUUUUGUCAGACAUAUCCAGAUUAGAGUCCAAAGGGGAGAGGCUGGACUUAGAGUUACAAGGCAAAGAUAGAGAGAUUGCAACGCUUACUCGAGAGAAUGGUAAAGCUGUUGCAGCAUUGAAGGCUCAUAUUGAGAAGCUGCAGAAGGAAAGAGAUGAAUUUCAAAAAAUGGUUCUUGGUAAUCAGCAAGUAAGAACUCAACAGGUAUAUGAGAUGAAGAAAAGGGAAAAGGAGUACAUGAAGUUGCAGGAGAGGUUAAAUCAAGUGGUGAUGGAGAAAAAAAAGGAAUCUAGAUCAGGCAUGGAAAUAAUGAACUUACUUCAGAAAGAAGGACGGCAGAGAGGCACAUGGAAUGCAAAGAAGGCUGAUAAUGACUUCUAUAAGAAGAUUGGCCUCAAGACCUGAUUCAUCAAAGCUUGGAAGGUGGAAGGUGCGUUUGUCAGUCCAAAGGGCUUACCAGGUGGAUGCUUAUGAAGUGAAAAAUCAAGAACUAGCAUCAGAAAAUGCUGAUUUAAGAGCAUUGCUACGCUCAAUGCAGGCAGACAUGCGUGGGUUCCUGAAUGCUCCAAAUGGUGCUUCUAAACAGUCUGCAGUAAAUGAAAGGCUAGAAUCAGAUGUUUCUCAAUCUCCCUUGGGUGGCAGAACAGACGUGUUUGAUUUGCCUCUGCACAUGGCUAGAGAUCAAAUUGAAGAAAGUCUCCGUACAAAAAUGGCUUCAAUUAGGGAGCGUAUGCUUCAGCUCCAAGAUGAUAAAAAAGGAGCAGAACUAACUACUGAAGUGACAGAAAGAGAACUUGAGUUGGAAGCACAACUUGUUGAGGCUAGGAGCAUUAUCCAAGAACACGUACAUAUGACGGUGUUCAAGAGGCGUUAGAAGACAAGAAGUGGAAAAAUGCUAUGGACGAGGAGAUGAAGUCAAUCAUGAAGAAUGAUACUUGGGAGUUAGCUACGCUACCAAAGGGGCACAAGGUUAUCUGCACUAAAUGGGUAUACAAAACAAAGAAAAAUGCCAAAGGAGAAAUUGAAAGGUACAAGCAAAGAGGCCGAUAUCGACUAUGACGAGGCAUCAAUAAUGUCUAAGCAUCUUCCAAAUUCUGAGAGGCCAAGGAGGUUAAGUGCGCAUUUCAAUUCGGAGAGGGAAUUAGUUGUUUCUUCACCUUCUGAGUGCUAGACUGUCCGUCCUCCUUUAUGAGGCUACAAGGCUGGGGAGAGAAGUGAAGUGUGAUGGGGAUGUCAAAAGCUCAAAAUCUCUCUCUUGAUAGCUGGUAUGAUGAUGACUCACUCAUAUGGCUGACAGGCGGGCGCGUGGGCUGGCAUACUCGAAAAAUUGAACAUGAGGCAUUUUGUUUUUUAUUUUAUUGUGCGCACGUGAGAUCAGUAGCUCAGUAAUCAAUGAGUUAAGUACUUUUACCAGCUAGCUAAUUUUAUUUCUAACUUUGUGUUACUGAAGAUGAAAUUACUUAUCAUCUACUCCCUCCAUAUUUAUUUACUUUCAACAUUUUCCUUUUUCAGAAAUAUUUUACGUAGGGAUGGACUCGGUUCGGGCCUUGAACCGUCCGGGCCUCGGUUCAAGGUAUGGGAGGCAUGGAACCGGCCUGGGCCUCGGUUCUAUUUUUUUUUUUUGGCUUUUCCUAAUUAACCCCCAACCCCCCAUCACCCCAAACCAACCCUAACCACCUCAAAUGGCCCAAAAUACCCAGCCCAACCCAAAAACAUAAAAAAAAAUUCAAAAAAAAAAAAAGAAAUUGGCCCAGUCUGGGCCAAAACCGGGCCGGUUCACCUUUUGAAGGGCCUGAGCCCGAACCGAGAUCCCACCGGGCCGGGUGGCCCGAACCGGCCAACCAACCGGUUCACCGGGCCGGUCCGGUUGGCCCGGCCCGAGUCCACCCCUAAUUUUACAUAGUAUUACAUUAAGCACUUUCUUAUUUAGUUAUGUUUUUUCAUCUACAAAUUGAUAAAUACUGUCGUCUACUUUUUAAUCUCCACUCUCAUACUUAU